AUGAGCGACUCUUCUCCCGCUGCAUACAUUCACAUGGUGCAACACAUGAUUGAGAUAUGUUUGAGAUUCAACAUGAACAAAGAGGAAUGCGUGGAAGCUCUCUCGAGGAUUGCAAACAUCAAUCCCAUCAUCGUUUCCACUGUGUGGAAGGAGCUAGCUAAGGAGAACAAGGAAUUCUUCGAGAUGUACGAGCAGAAGUUUAUGAAAAAUAAGCCAAUGUCGGAGGACGAGACAAACAAGAUGAUUCAGAACAUCAUCGGUGGUUCAUCAGACGAUUAA